UUUCGGUUCAAGGGCCGAGGCAAAUCUUGACGUCGUGGUUUUUGUUCACGACGCAAGUCUGUUAGGGCGUUCGCGGACCCGCCCGAGCCCGCCGACCUCCGCAAGCCGGGCGGCGCGGCCGCCGCGGAGGUCCGGAAGGGCAGCCGAGGCUCCACCGCCACGCCGCCGAUGGAGCCGCUGCUGAGCGUGGACGAGGCGUGGACGUUCCUGGAGCUCUACCGCGCCCGCGAGGGGCUGACCGAGGGGCAGCUGGAGGACAACCGCCAGGCCUUCGACCUUUUCCUCGGCCGCCAGCAGGCGGCGGCGGCGACGACAUCGGGCCCCGGCGACGUGCUCGGCCAGCGUCUGUCCGACGCGGCCAGCGGGUGCGACUCCGACGUGAGCAGCGUGAGGUCGGAGCCGCGGCGGCCCUGGGCGUGGGCCUCGAGGGCCUCGAGGCGAAGGAGCAGCGCGCGGAGUGGGCGCGCGGGCGCGGGGGCCCAGGCGGGCGCGCAGAUCGACGUGGACACCUGCGGCAAGGCCCUGCGCUGGCUUGGGUGGGACUCCUCGUACGAGCUGUUCAUGCAGAUCACGGGCGACGUCGACCUUGACCUGUCUGGCCGCAUCGAUUGUCAAGAGUUCAAUAAGUUGGUCCGCAUGUACAACGAGCGCGAGAUCAAGGAGCUGCAGCUGCAGCUGUCCCUCCUCGGCGUGCCGGACGGGGACUUCAAGGCCGACGUGUCGGCGGCGCUGGCCGAUAAGCUGCUGGCGGCGCUCGGCUUCGGCGAGGGCGAGCGCACGGAGGUCCUGCACGGGCUGCUGCUCCACGACAGGUCGCAGGUCUGCGACGUGUUCCAGCUGGUGUCGGCGGUGCGCGACCUCCGCCACGCGGCCCGGCGGACCUGCCGGGACAACGAGGGCUUCUCCCCGGCCAAGGUGGCGGAGCUGGAGGCCGCGUUCCUCCGCUGCCGGGGGCCGGGCAAUGGCCUCGAGAGGGACAUGGUCGCUGGCUCCGGGCUGACCCGCCUGCUCACGAAUCACUUCGCCCCGAAGGACGGGGUCAAGUCCGUGGACUGGAAGCAGGUGCUCGGCCUGCUUCCUGGCUACGAGCCUUCUAGGGGCCGCGACGUCUUGACAUUCAGGCACUUCCUGCAGCUGAAGCGAAUAUGGCGGGACCAGGAGGAUCAGCACAAGUGCGCCAAGGAGCAGACCGCGAUCGCCAACGUCGGUUUCACCCCUGGCGAGGUGCGCGAGUUUCGCAGGAUAUUCGUGGAGAGCGAUAUCGGCUACCAGGACUUGUUAGAUUAUCUGGCAGUUCAGGGGAUCCUCGAGAGAAUCUGCACCAUGGGCGACAGGCUCAAGCAGGAGUUCCGCUCGGCGUGGCUGGAGGUCAUGGCCACGAAGUACGGCCGAUGUUCAGAUGUGAUCGACUUUCCCGAGUUUCUGAAGCUGAUGAGGAAGCUUAUCGACGUCGACUUCGCGGGCAUAAAGUGCCGCAUGAUCAGCUGAACCCACCCCGCCGUCCCAGAGUGCGCCUGCCACCUGUGCGCCGAUUUCCGGAUCGUCCGAGCGGCGGGCGGCGCCGAUGUGCAGCUGGAAUUCUGCAGCUCGCGCGCUGGCCCGGGUCGCAAUCACGCCUUCGGGAGUCUCACGUUCCCUCUUUCUCCUGGUCCUCCUCCUCUACGCGAAAACCAAUUGCAUAAAUAGAUCCUUUUAGGAGCUCCGCGUAGGUUCCUUGGAACGGCGUUCGGCCCCACUGACGGCGCCUCUGGCGCCGCCCCUCGCGCACUCCGCGCGCCCGAGGGAGUCCAGUGCCGAUACAAGAAGCUCGCUCGGACCUCCAAACGUCAAUGUUUAUGAUACUGUACGUGUCAUCACAACCACCACCACUCGUGCCGUGCCAUGAUCCGGCGCUUCUACAGCGCAAGGAACCGCGGCGGCGAAGCCAGUUUGAUUAGCCGCCCUCCUGCGACGGAUGCGCAAAUCUCGCACAGCGAGGAUGCCAGCACGAAUUCGGUAGAUCCCUCCGUCGCCUCCUCCCCGUUUUCCUCCCCGCUCUCGGCCCCACCCGCUCGCCUGCGCGGACCCCUCGCAGUCGCCACGGAGCGUAUGCUGCCUGCCAGGUCUGACGCACAGUUUCCCUUUAGAGCUCGUUGGGUCGUUGGACGAGACUCGCGCCCUCCAGGGGCCGCGGACCCCGAUGUACACCUUAGGCGAUGCUUAAGAACACCCAAACUAUGAAUUUCUUAACCCAUGAUUUCUAAAGCAUGUCGCAGGGUGUACGCACUCACUGUUGCGGCUUCUCUCCGAGGGCGGCUGCUCGAGACAACGGCGGCCCUCGCGCCUGGCCCGAUGCCCCGACCUCCGCCGCGGUGCUUCGUCGCUGCGUGGCCGAGGUCCCCACCGCGGCUCCCUGGGGCGCCACGCGCAGCAGGCCGCGGGCCAG